GCCACACCAUCGUCCCCUGGCGGGCGGGACUAAGAGCUAGCGGGCAGCCAAUGGGCGGCCGAGUAUAGUCGCAGGGUCACGCCCACUCACGCAACGUCCUGUUGUCCCGGCGACGCCUCAGGCCUCCCUGCGUCGCGUCGGAGCGAGAGCGAACCGGGCCGGAGAUGAAGAAGGCGGCGGCGGCUGUCGUGGCGGUGGGGGUUCCCGGAUGUCCCGGCGUCUCGCCGGUGCCUGGUUUCCUGGCCAAGCUUUGGGCCCUCGUGGAGGAUCCUGGGAGCGACGACGUGAUCUCGUGGAGCCGGAAUGGGCAGAACUUUUGCAUUCUGGAUGAACAGAGGUUUGCUAAGGAUCUGCUCCCCAAGUACUUCAAACACAACAACUUGUCCAGCUUCAUUCGUCAGCUCAACAUCUAUGGCUUCAGGAAGGUGAUUGCGCUGGAGAACGGCAUGAUGACCUCUGACAAGAACUCUGCCAUUGAGUUUCAGCACCCAUUUUUCAAACGAGGGAAAGCCAACUUGCUGGCAAACAUCAAGCGGAAGGUGUCCACAGUGAGAGCCGAGGAUCUCAAAGUCUGCCCAGAAGACCUGCACAAAGUUCUGUCUGAAGUCCAGGAAAUGAGGGAGCAGCAGAACAACAUGGAUCUCAAGCUGGCGAGUAUGAAAAGGGAAAACAAAGCUCUCUGGAAAGAAGUGGCAUCUCUACGGCAGAAGCACAAUCAGCAGCAGCAGCUCUUAUCUAAGAUCCUCGAAUUCAUUCUGGGAUUGAUGAGAGGAAACUGCAUUCUGGGGCUCAAAAGGAAAAGAUCUCUGGCUGAUGCGCCAAAUGCCUCACCUUCAAAAUACAGCCAUCCGUAUGUUCGCAUUCCUGUGGAGGAUUGUGAAACAGCAGCUAUUUCAGAACAUAGUCCAGACUGCGAAGACUCAAUUAUAAUUCGUGACAUCACAGAUGCAGAAGAGGAAGAGAAGGAUGUUGGUGGCACAGAUAAGCUGCUGGCUCUGGCACACACGAGUAAGGGGAAUCGGGAGGCCGAGAUGCCCUCAAGAGAAGGCAGUACUGCCUGCAAAGGACUUCAGACUUCAGAACUGGAGCUCCCAGAAAGUGACUACCCAAUCCAGCUUGUAGAGUCGCCACUCAAGACCAGUGCGGUGGCGGCUAAUGCUGUGGAGUUGCAUUCUGCACAGUCCAGUGCUAAUGAAGACCCUGCAGCAGUGAUAGACUCCAUCUUGGAUGAAAACCAAACGGUAGCACAGAAUGACUCUUUGCUUGACAGGGAAGAGAUGCAAGACUUCUUGAAUUGUAUUGAUGCAAGCCUCGAGGAACUCCAGGCGAUGCUGUCUGGAAAGAAAUUGAACUGUGCCUCAGAAACGCUUCCCGAUGCCUUCAGUCCUGAGCUUCCUGUAUUGGAUGGGACCUUGACAGAAGUUCCUGCUGGUUUGGAAGAUAUAGAGGAUUUGCCAGAAAGCACAGGCACGAUUAACGGGAUGAACGAGCAGGAAACACUGGGGCAGAACGACAUGCAGUUGAUUCAGUACCGAGGGAACCCUUUGCUUUCGCUGUUUGAAGAGCCUCCUUCUAACAAAGAUGCAUGCAUAGUGGAGGAUGCCGGUGAUGUUCUCCUGGCUUCCCUAGAGGACAGGCCUUGCGAUCCUCUUCCUUUGAGUGGCGAGGCACCUCAGCAGCUCCUGGAUCCAGCAACUGAGGCAGGUGGGACCACUACCUUGGUGUCCCUGGAUCAGCCCCUUCUCCCGGAAGACAUGAAUGGGGACUAUAAACUCUUUCCGCUCCUGCUUCUCAGUCCAGUUGCAAAUUUCAUAGAAGAGGCCUCAGAAAUAGACACAUCUUGAACUGUGUCCGAAAACCUUCAGGAAACUGCUUUCUUGCUGUAAAAAGACUCAGAAUGUAAGCCUGGUGGGGAUCCUGCUUCUCUCUCUGCAAUUCUGUGUCCUACAUGGACGAGGGAAGGUUGUUUUUACCAAAAAUAGUGCUGUUUAAGAAAGGCAGCUGGAAAGCCAGAGUUGUACUGCACUGAUUUUUUUUAAAGGAAGAGAAGAAAAACUUCAUACUACUCUCAAGAUUAUUUUAUAUAUGAGUAUUUUAUUCCCAGGGCAAUUGUUUGUACCUCAUUGUAAAGUUUGCCUAUUAACAUAUGGGUUUUUAAGCAGUCUAGUGUCAUAUCUAAUAUUGCAAAAUUGCAUUUAUUUUCUUGUUAAACUCUGCCUCUAAGGUGGCUUAUACUCUGUCAGAAUUAGUUUGUGGUUGGUUUUUUCAACAUUGCAAAGGCUCUUUUUUCUUUUUUCCUUCUGCCCUUUUUGCCACACUUUUGGUUUUGUCUUUGGCUACACCACAUUUUAUAUAUUCUUAGACCUCCCUCUAGAUAGCAGUGUAAGCAAUUUCUGUUUCCUAUGGAAAACAUAUUUUUAGCUUGUCUGUUUCAAAUGACACUAGUAUAUAAAUACUUUGCUGGAUAUUAAGAUAUUCUGCAAAAAGCUGAUUUCUUGUGCUCGUUGUAUGCGUAAUCCUGAUAUAACAUUCACAAGUCUCCUCAGUAAAUUGGUGGAAAUAUACAAAAGAAACAUCAAGAUAACCUUUAUUCUUGUGCAAAAAUCAGUAAUGCUUUGUUUGAUACAACUGCUUCCCCUAAAUUCCCCUGCUUCCAUUGUGUAGCUGUUUACCCCUUCCCCAGAAGCAGCCCUGUUGGGCAAAGCCAUCUGUAGCCCUUGGCAGGAGUAAAUGCCCCUCUGUUUUGUGCCUGAGUGAGAUAUGACCCUGACCUUUAAGCUUUCAGCAUCCAAAGCAGGAAUAUGUUGAUGAACAUCAAAUACAUGGAGAUAAUUAAGGCUUGCUGAUGGGCUUUGUUUCAUGAGCUACGAUUAUAAGACUUAACAAAACUGUCAUCAGAAUAGGUGGCUUUUCUUUACAAGUAACUUCCUGCCUCAUAUGCUUGAAAAACUGGCUAACAAAGACUUCUGCAAAUUUAAUCUCAUUUGUAUGUCAAUUGAAAAUCUGGGCAUAACCAGAGAUUCUCCAAAUCAAUUGGUUUGGUUUAUCCUAAGCUGUGUUUUUCGUAUAGUUUCUCUUCCACCUUUAGUUGCGAAGGUCCUUCCUGCUCUUUUGCUGUUUCCUCCUCUUCUUUCGUGCAAAAAACACCCACAUCCUCUAUAUGUCCUGACUUCACAAAUUAAGAUUCUAUGUGUUUUUUGUAUAUAAUAGAAAAAUUAUAUGGGAAAGUCAGAGCUCGAGCAAGUUUACUCCUGCUAAAUCACAGUGCUCAUCCGAGAUUUUGCAUUUUUGCAGUCUUUGGUCCAAGGGAUGAAUGUAAAUUUAAACUCAAUUUUGGGAGCGAAAAUAUUUAUUUUUGUCUGUCUUUAGAAAUGCCACAAACUCAAGACCUAUGUACUUUGAAGGAAUGUAGCAACCACUUGGAGUAGUUUCUCUUUCUUAGUACAGUGUCAAACCUUUGUAAGUUUCCUGUCGUCCGUGUACGCAGGAUGUGGAACUGGUUAGCUGGAGGAAUUUGCACAAGUCAUUAAAUUUCAGGAUUGUCACACCAACAAA